GUCAAUCAAAACAAUUUUUUAAAGGAAAAGCAAUGUCGCCUGGGUGCCAAAUUUCAAAACGCUUAUUCGUUGUGAAAUUCUUGACGCGCGUGCAUACAUGAGCCGCGAAAAAAGGCCUUUAAUAUAAGUGCGGCAAAAUAUGCAAAAAUUUACGAUUUGUGUGUGGUCAUAGUGCUGAGGGAUUGAGCAGUUCAGCCUGCUUACGUGAUUCCUCAUGUGAUCUCAGUGCUGAGGAAUUGACCAGUUCAGCCUGCUCGCUUGAUUCCUUAUCUAUGUCUGGUGAUAGUAGUGAAAGUGAAGAUAGUAAUGAAAGUGAAGAUAGUUUAGUUCACUAGUCGAAAUCAUUCCGUUUGAUUUGAACCGUCGUAUAAAUUUUUAUUAAGAAGCGAAAUGCUUGAUACGGCCUAAAUUUUUUAUUUUUUAUUAGAUGGAUGCUAUAGACCUAUUUGCCGAAAAGAACUUGGAGGAAUGUCCUGCCAUUAAAAGAAUAUCAAUUACCUAUGAAGAAAAAAAAAUUGAACACAUCCGGUGCCGACGGUUCGGAUACCAACUUCCGACAACCGACUUUUACGGUUCCCAGACCAGCUUUUCGAAAAAUUCCGAAUCCAAUAUGCCCACUAUAAACAAUGAGGUUUUAUGCAUACUUCAAAAUAUAUCGGACCAACUAAAAGCCCUGACCACCAAUAUUUUCAAUUUGGAUACCCGAGUUACUAACCGAGAAACCAAGAUUGACAAUUAUUUGAAAGAAAAUAGCAUACAAAAAAGAGAAGAAAUGGCCCAGCAAAAAACCGUACGCAAGUGCAAAGUCCUUAAAAAAAAUUCACCAUUCAGUUUGUCGAAUGACCGGGGAAAAGUUGGACGAUCAACAAACUGAAAUUGCUUCCACUUUACCACUGACAACACUAGAAGCCAUUGUGGAAGAAUACAAGUGAGAUAUCUUAGGGUUGACAGGGUAUUCAAUAUGGCGAUGACAGUGUGAACAAUAUGGCAGCCAAAAUGGCAUACACCACCAAAUGGCCCGAAGUUGCGGAACUACGACCCGAAUGAAACGCUUCGUGAAAAUCCAGGGUUGCGAAGUGGUAUUUUUAUGGAAAAUAUAAAAGCCAGGUC